AUGGAGGCGGGAGAAAGGCUGAUGUCCCUGAGCGACAGCAAGGAAGCCGGAGUGGCUGGAGUUGUGUGGUCCUCUGUGAAGUUGCGGCUGCUCUGCAGCCAGGUACUAAAGGAGCUACUGGGACAGGGGAUUGAUUAUGAGAAGAUCCUGAAGCUCACGGUUGACGCCAAGUUUGAGUCAGGCGAUGUGAAGGCCACAGUGGCAGUGCUGAGUUUCAUCCUCUCCAGUGCGGCCAAGCACAGUGUCGAUGGCAAAUCCUUGUCCAGUGAACUGCAGUAGCUGGGGCUGCCCCAAGAGCAUGUGCCCAGCCUGUGCCGCUGUUAUGAGGAGAAGCAAAGCCCCUUGCAGAAGCACUGGGUCUGCAGCCUACGCAGUAUGAGGCCAGCCAGGGUCCGGACUCAUCCUAGAAAGUGCACGCAGCACACAAAGUGCAUGGAGAGUCCAGGGAGACGACUUAACCAUGGUCACAUACCGAGCAGCCGCAGAGCUGGGACGUGGCCCUGGGUCUCCUGA